CAAAACCGAUUUACAGAAGUCUGAAGCGCACGCAGGGCUAAUAUCUUUAUAGUAGUGAUUUCUAGUUUCUGUUUCUGAGACUGCCCGUGGACAAAACGCAAAGAAAAACCGAAUAUGUUGUAAAUAUUAUCAAAAAAUAUCUGAAAUGUGUUUAACUAAAACCUGUCACUAUACUUUUUUAAAAAUUGUUUCACUUAACAAAUCUUCGAUUCAUUCUAAAACACUCCAACUAUAAUCGACAAACUUAAGGCGAGAAAUGGAAUGAUCUUUGGACCAGCACUUUAUUUUCUUAAGAAGCAAAAUAAAAAACAACAAUGGGUUGCAUCAACAGCAAAGAAGAGCUCAGAGAAAUACAAUCUAGCUCUAUUACUAGAUCAUCGAAUGUGUACAGAGUGAAUGCUUGUCGCAUAUCAGCUGACGCUGAAACCAUACAGAACGGCUUUCUGGAGCUGUCGCCCAAAGAGCUCGCCUUCCUUCCCGAAAUGGGCGAAACUAUAAAGUGGGCAUUGCAACACUUGCGACGUUAUGGCUGCACAGGCGAUGUCUUUAGCUUUGAAGCCGGUCGUCGAUGCAUGACUGGCCCAGGAAUCUAUACUUUCCGCAUGCAUAACGCAGAGAACAUGCACCGUUUGUUCCAGAGCUAUAUUAAUUCAGUCGCCCGAAACAAUGAUACUGUCCCUUUAGCCUGUACUGAUUUUCCCACUUCGCUAGAUCUUUCCUCUUCUCAUUCUCAAGAUCCGUAUUUAGAACCAUCGUCUGCAACAUCUAGUCUGCUGCAAAACAGAGCAAAUCUCUACCGACAAGAUUCCGCACAAAGCAGUCCUUUGAGUUCUAACUUAAAUUCUCCGAGCUCGUUUCAGGGCGCCAGUUUUACAAAUGAAGUUAUCCACUUAAACGCACAGACAAGCAGAUUUACAAAUCCAAACAGUAAUUUAUAUCAGGAGUUUCCCAUUAAGCCAAAUGAAUUCAAUAACAAUAUACCAAAUAAAAAUAAGUCACAAGACGUGCCCCCGCAGGAGCUAGCACCAAAUAUACAAAAUGUUGAUUCAAUUGAUUGUCUGCAGCAUCCCCGAAAGUUUUUGCCCAUCAACGAUGAUGAACAGCAUAUGUACGAGAAUGUAAUUGACAUUGAUAAGUCGGCUAGUUCGCUAGAGGAGCGUUGUUACGAGAACUUCAGUAGUAUUAAUCUUCCAAUUUUAAUAAAUGAAUCGACGAACAAAACACCAACGAAUGAAAAUAGCGCUGUGGUUAAUUAUAUAACGCUAGAUUUAGUGCAAUCGCCCACUUCAACAGAUUCAUUUUCUUUAAAAGUGAAGACAAAUGGAGCUGCUGCGACGGCAGAAACGUUAGCAAAAAAAGACAGCAACAACGAAAUUGUAAACACCAUUAAGGGACAAGAGUAUCGGGGGAAUAACACUUUGUUCCCAAGAGCUAUUACGGAAUUGAGUAAUAGCAAUCCAGAUGCAGUUGUAAAUGAGAGUUCGUCUAUGGGAUAUUCGACGAUAGACUUUAUAAAGACUUGUGCUUUGAUAAAAACAGCACCUGGUUGUGAUGUUGAUUGCCAAGAGUCUAGGAUAACGCGACAUAGUACGUGCGUACUUAAAAAUAGUUCUUUAAGUGAAUAAGAUGGCGAAAUAUUUAAGAGCAUAUGCAUUUAUAUUUUUAAAAAAUGCAUUGGAUAUGGAUAGCUCAACGCCGCCGGCCGGUGACCACCUUAAUAUAGGCGAACUGAAGUCCAAAUACAACCUACAAAUAAAUCCACUAUUCUAGUCGCUUUUCAUAAACUAGUCAUUAGAAAUGUUUUCCAUAGUGGUAUUUUGUGGCUUGAAUUCCAAACAUUAAAAAUGUAGAUAGGUGCAUUUUGAAUGUUUGAAAUUCUAGUUAUCUUAAACAAAUCAUAAUAUCAGUGAGCUUUUGUUGUACUUAAUAAUAAAAAAAAAAGUUAUAUAACUUAGCGUGUUUUGCAACUUUUAAACAAUAUUUGUUUUCUCAUAAAUAUUCAAAGAUAGUUUAUGAUCUAUGCUAGGUAGAGUAAGUUAUAAGUGACAAAUACAAAAUUAAAAUGUAAAUACUAAAGUAAAUAUAUGUUGAAUACUAUUUAUUACAUUGAAUCUAA